GGUCCAUGACUUGGUCAUGGUUUGCUCUGUCGGCUGUCCGUGCCGAACUGCCGUUUGAUAGUUUGAUACGCGUUACGUACGACUAGUGACUCACUGACUCUUUUGCACCUUUGCACUUAACGCUGUUUUUGUAUUUUGAAUUUAUUUGUUUGAUCGACAUUUUAUAUUUUUCAAUACAUAAAUUUCUAACUGUUUUAUUCUGUGCUAUCAUCAUGGUAAAUGUAUGCAUUGUGAAAGAAUGCAAUAAUUCUAGUAAGUUGACUAUGAAGAAGUGCAAAAUGUUUAAGAUACCUAAAGAUGAAUUGCGUCGUAAGAAUUGGCUGAUAAAUUGCAGUCGUCAAGAUUUAUUAGAAAAAUCAUCAGAGCACCAUGUGGUGUGUUCAGACCAUUUUAAGGACAAAAUGUUUUCAAACCCUGAUAAAACAGUUUUAUUUCCUAAUGCUGUUCCUACUAAUUUCUCAAUGAUCUUUAAAGAACAUGCUUGCAGUACUUCAUGUGUGGAUAAUAGUAUAUCAGAUCCAUUAUUGUUUAAUAAUUCAGUUGCCAUGAGUACUCCAACAAAACAAAAGGAUUCAAUUUGUAUUUCUUGUUCCCUAUCUCCAAGUUCAUCAUAUUCUGCUGAUUGUUCGAUUUCCUCAUCUACUCAAACUACUCAAAUUCUCUCAUUACAUACCGCAAUAAUGAAAAAGUAUAAAGCUGAACUUCAAGAAAUGAAAAAUAAAUACGAACAGUUAGAACUGAAAAUGAAUGUGUUAAGUGAAGUAGUAGCUAUGAAAAAUCAGGCAAAUGCAAUAGAUGUGACUUCAGUUGAAUUGUUUAACAGAGUAGUUGAAGCACAUUUACCUCCUAACCUGUGCAUGCUUAUAAAACAGUAUGUUGAAAUGGGUAAGAGAAAACCUUAAGGCUACCGUUAUUCAA